AUGAGUGGCCGUAGCACAUGUUCUAAUUGUAGGCGGAAGAAGAUCCGCUGUGACGGACAAACGCCGGAAUGCGGACAAUGUAAACGACGACGCCAAGCCGGGCCUCAAUGUGAUUAUAAGCCACCCGAACCUCCUGCUAUCCAAGGAGAGCUGCUUCGUAAGGGUGAUGCUUGCGUCCCUUGCCGUCAGAAAAAGAAGAAAUGCAGCGGAGAGCAUCCAGCUUGUCAGACGUGCGUUGCUGCUGGAAAGAGCGACCAAUGCAGCUACUUCAAGACGCGGUUAAAACGGAAGGGCACUACUCCCGCCUCUCUCGAACGACGCCGCCGACAGGACACACAAGAACCUAGUUCAAGCACCUCUCGAUCGUCCGGAGAACCUGACGAGUUUUACCCCAGCCAGCCACCUUCGCCACCGAGCUCCGGCGAGUAUCUCUUCGAUUCGAGGGGCUAUGCGCAGUCGAGCAACUCUUCUUCGGAGGCCAAUUAUGACCCUAUCGAUACUGCUAUUGUAUUACCGGAUAACUCUUUAUUCAUAAGAGCAGACUCCCUCCUGGUCGAUCAGCCCAUCGCUCCUUCGGGUAUAGAGGACUUCUUUCUACCUUCAAACAGUUUCAACGGCACCAUUUAUGAGACCGCGUACGCUCCAUUACCGACGGUGUCGCUCGAUGCCGACUAUAUCCCCUCUUCCACUGCGCUCCCCGCAUAUUCUACCACUAUCGUGGGCGCGGAGCAGCCUUACGGCGAAUCUUUAGCCUCCUCGCCUGGUCCCUCCACGAUGACUUCUCUGAGUUAUCUGGCCCACCUACGAACUCUAUUUCUCAAACGAGGGAUAAAGAUGACCGUCCGAAUGACCCAGGACAAGUUGGACGCCAUAGCUCUCGGCGACGUAUCUGGUCAGGUCAUACAUCCCAUCUUCAUCCAACUCGCCCAUCUCUUAGGCUCUGUCUUCCAUCAUCACGGCGCCGAACAUCCAGACAAGCAACGCGAACUCGUCGAGCUUGCAUCCGUUCGGGAGAUCAUCCGCACACAGCAGGACAUCACGCUCACGCCGACGGCUGCUCUCCAAGCGCAGAACCUAGUAUCGUUCUACUACAUGUAUUCUAGAGACUUCGCUGGCGCGCAAUCGGCCAUACAGGAGUCGAAACAAACGAUAUCGCGGUUCAAUAUGCAUAUCACCAUCCCGGAGUCGGCGUUGAAUGAGUCUCGAUCCUCGUCGAGAGCAGGCGAAAGCGUUUAUGCCACACCCUUGACGGCGGCUGACGAGGAGGACGAGAAACGGUGUAUCCUGAUGCACAUGUGGUUCAGGGAUAAGGCUGCUGACCUCAUGUCGGGUUCCAAGUUCCUGGUCGCGGAGCAUCUAGACGAUGAGAUUGCGCUAUGGGCGGCGCUUGAGCCGUUUCCUGACCGUAGCAAUCCCAUCGUGAUGCGCGCUAUCAGCACCUGGUUCUUGCUCGAAAGUCGUGCGUUCAUGGCUCGGCUAGGUAGACGCCCUUCCGGCGGCCUAGAUCAACAAGAAUUUUCGCCAUUUUGUUACGAAACCUGCAUCGACCUCAUCCGUCGGAUACGCUCUCAAAUCAAUUAUGUCUCACACGAACUCAUGCGCUCCGAACUUGUCUUCGCGGAUCACCUGAACGCCGUCACGCUCAAAAGCACCAACAUCAUCGCGUUGACAGCGCUCAUGAACAUGUAUACGGUUUUGGUGCAUGGAGCGGGCCAUGUGGAGUCGAGACGAAAGUUGCUCAGCACAGCACUCGAGAUCAUUGCGAUCUCAGACACGUUCUUCGAUGAUGACUUCAAUUACUUGAACACACCAGUUUGGAUGUGCUGGAAUGUCGUUCGCGAGCUUCUGAUGCAAGAGCAGCUCCAAUUCACGAGUCUUAGUGUGGCGGGACUCGAAGAUGGUGUGGCCAGGUCACACCUUGGCGUUCACUUGGACGACAAUCUUCCAGCUCUGUUAACUAAUCUGCGUCGGUUUAUGCAGAAGCACGAGAAUACGUUCUGGUGUAUACCUAGAGCGAACUGAUAUACUAGAGGACAUAAUUUGCUAUUAUGUAUUUCAUAGUAACUAGACUGCAAGGACUCUAUCUCUACGCUUUUUUUCGAGGGUACUGCUAUUUCGUACUAUACUAUACUAUUUAUUGUACCAUUGGAAGAUGCUAUUGGAAUACCCUGGGAAUGAGCGUAUAGGUGUCUUACUUUUCUUGUGUGUGGAUGUGCGCCGAAUUGGGUUUCAGACCUAAGUUAUGGGGGUGCCACCUGGUGCCACCCUGAGC